GUCUCCCAAACACUUCAAAAUCUACAAAAUCCCCAAAACCCAAUCUCUCUCCUCUCCCCCCUCUCUCUCUUUCUUUCUCACAGUGGAGAACAACAAAACGCCUUCAAAUGAAGAAUCUAUGCUUUUGAUCACCAAAUCUAUGGAGAACAAGGCAGCUGAGCUGAGCAAGCCCGAGAAUAAUAAUAAUAAUAACAAUAAUCCCAUGGUUACCCCUUCAUUUUCCGACCAGAUUCCGGCCACCUUUUCCCUCCAAACCCUCUUCGAUAUCCCCUCCUCCGAUCACAACAAAAACCCUUCCUCGAGCUUCUUCGAUUAUCUCUUCCCUUCCCAAGACUUAUCCACCGCCGUCUUCGAUCUCCUGCAAACCUCGCAGCCGCCUCUCUUGAUCCCGCCGCCGCCGUCGCAGUCGCUUCCCGAGUCGUCGGAGGCGGUGAACACUCCGGUGACCCCCAACUCCUCCUCCAUAUCCUCCUCGUCUAAUGAAGCCGCCAUUGACGACCAGCUCCCGAAAACGCCGGCGGAAGAAGUUGAACAGGAAUCCGACAGAAGUAAAAAACAGUUGAAGCCUAAAAGGAAGAAUCAAAAGAGGGAAAGAGAGCCAAGAGUGGCGUUCAUGACAAAGAGUGAAGUGGAUCACUUGGACGAUGGUUAUAGAUGGCGAAAGUACGGCCAAAAAGCCGUAAAAAACAGCCCCUUUCCCAGGAGCUACUACCGGUGCACGACGCCGGCGUGCGGGGUGAAGAAGCGGGUGGAGAGGUCGUCGGAGGAUCCGUCGACGGUGGUCACCACGUACGAAGGCACGCACGGCCACCCGUGCCCGGUGACGCCACGCGCCACCACCGUUGGGAUCAUGCCGGAACCCUCAAACUUCGGCAGCGUCAGCGCCGCCCCCGGCGGGACCGGAAGUUCGCCGUCGUCGUCUUUUCUCAUCCCUCACCACCACUUUCACUACCCAAUGCAGCAGCAACAGCCGUUUUUCGCUAUAACCUCGCCGUUGCCGCCUCCUUUGGCCUAUACCCCAUCCACCGGCAACCUAGAGAGGAGGUUCCCUCCGCCGUCAUCGUCUUCUCCGGCUGCCCGGGACGACGGGCUUCUGCAGGAUAUGCUGCCAUUCCCCUUGAGAAAGGAGCCCCGCCCGGACAGCUGAUUAACUAAUCCCCUCUCUGAACUAGAUAUUUCUAAAGGUGGAAGAGCUGGCCUGAAGAUUUCUCUGACUGCAGAUAAGAUGACUCUUGAAGUUGGGUUAUCUUAGCUUCUUUAAAUUAAAUAGAUUAUUAUUAUAUUUCUUCAAUUAAUUAAUAUUUUCAUUUUAAAACAUAUCCAUGCACCUAGGCUUUUUAAGGUCUGUUGAUUAUUAGAAGAUUUUGAGGUUCUUUCUUCUCUUCUGCUUGUAUUCUCUGUACUUAAUUAGUUUUGGAUUGAGGUAGCCAUGGGAGAUAAUAUUGGGUUCUUUUGUAUGUAUAUUAUUCCCCUUUGUAUCUAAUUCCCUUUUGUUUUCCUC